CUUAAGUCACUAGCUGUUGAUCACAUCAUGGGAGAUAUGGAAGAGGGUGCAAAUGUUCAAAGGCCACCACUGCUACGUGGACAUAACUAUAAUUUUUGGAAAGGCCGAAUGAGAGCUUUUCUUAAAUCUCUGGGAGGUGGUGUAUGGAGAAGCGUGGAGACAGGUUGGACGGAACCACGAAAAUACUCAGAAGAUCUGACCACAUCAACUAUCAAGCCGUUUGAAGAGUACAGCAGAACAGAAGCCAUUGCAGCAGAGUUCAACGACAAAGCCUUGAAUGCAAUUUUCGGAGCAGUUGACUCUACUCAGUACAAACUUAUCUCAAACUGUGACAAUGCCAAGGAAGCUUGGGAUAUUCUCGAAGUUACUCAUGAAGGAGAUGAGGAAGUAAAAACAGCCAAGUAUCAAAUUCUCAUGACACAAUACGAGAAUUUACGCAUGGAUGAUAAAGAGAAAAUAACAGAAUUUUAUGGUAGAGUGAGAGAUAUCACAAAUCAGGCUGCACGUCUAAAUGAAUCCAUUCCUGAAAACAAGCUGGUACUCAAGGUAUUGCGAUCAUUGCCAAAAGAAUAUGACAUGGAUGUCAAAGCAAUCAGAAGGUCUCACAACAUUAAAAAUAUGACUCUUGAUGCACUCAUGGGAAUACUGGAGUCAAUUGAACUUGACAUGAUGGAAGACAUUAAGCGUCGAAAUCCAGAUAAACAAAUUGCUUUCUCCAUCACAGAGGCAGAAGAUGACAGUGAACAUGAUCUGUCACUAGAUGAAGACUUUCAGGAACAACUGUCACUCUUCACACGCCAGUUCAAAAAACAAUGGAUGCAGAAGAAAGGAAAUCAACGAAUGGAGGGAACAUCAAAGGGACAUUUUCAGAAAGAUACCAAGCCCAGAGAAGUUAAAUAUCCAGACAAUGUUACUUCCGUGAAGAAAAAGGGACCACAAUGCUUUGAGUGCGGUGGAUAUGGGCAUAUUCAGUCUGAAUGCGCAAACAACCUGAAGAAAAAGAGACAGGCAUUUACCGCAACCUGGAGUGAUGAAGAAGUAGAUGAGCUUGGGGAUCACAGUGAGCAAAAUUGUGCUUUCAUUGCAUGUGAAAACUCAGAUUUGGAAGACAGUCUUGCUGAACAACUUGAAGAUCUACAAGAGAAGUGGGCAGAACUGCUGAUGGUGAACAAACGGAAUGUGGCAGACAAAAACAGGUUACUCUCUGAAAUGGAGGCACUUAAGCAGAAGAUUGAAGAAUCAAAGCACAAGAUCACCAAACUGGAAGGAGAAAACUCAAACUUGCGCUAUGAAAUUAAUCAACUGAAGUCCUAUCAGAAGUGGAUUAAGGUGGCAGGAGCUGAGGAAGUACCUCAAAAUCUCAAGAGAUCAAGUUUGUCAAAGCACUUGAGAGAGCACCUCCGGAAUACCAAGGCAAAAGAAGUCUUCUGAAUGGCACUCAUAACGAUCACUACACCUCCUACAGAUGCUACAGAUGUAGAGAAUGGGGACACAUAAAACGUCAGUGCAUCAAGGAAUGGAGUCAGCAGGUCACUUCAAAGAAGAAAUUCAAACAGAUUUGGAUACCCAAACAAUAUGCCAUGGUCGCAAAUACUUGUUAUAGGG